AUGGAAUCCGCAAGUGGGAUUUCCACCAUCCAAUUGGAAAUUCUUCGAAAAUUUUAUCAGUAUUGCAAUCAGUGCAUCACAUAUGUCAUUGGGUCGGCAAAGCCCAAUAAUUUAUUUUUGGAAGUCCCGCGCCGAACUUACGAAACUAAAAAUAUCCGGUUGACCAAUACGAACGGAUGUGAAACAUUCCCGGCAGAACGACAGGUCACCAAGCUCAUCUUUCAUGAAAUACCGCGCUAA